AGCGCAGAUCUGCCUCCAUUUUGUGUCGGUCGCUCGGCUGGUUUCCGGGUUCCAGACAGCGGAACCGACAACAACACGGUGAUAACACGGUGUUACCGGAGAGGAUGGCUCCGACAGCCCGGCAGGACGGCCGGUAAAGUUACCGUAGAUACCCGGAAACUGUUUAAAGUGACUCUUUAACGCGUCGUCGUCUCAGAGGAGUGUUGAGGACGAACCGAGCCGGCAGCAGAACUCUGGACGGACUGACAGCCACCGCUCAGAGGAAACCCAGAGCUGAUACAGGCUAGCUGCUAACAGCUAACAGGAUAGCUGCUAACAGGAUAGCUGCUAACUGCUAACUGCUGUUUGGUGUUCAGUUCCAUCAGCAGCCUCACAUCACAAAGCUUCUCUCGGAGGAUUCAACACAACAACACCUGAACAUUCAUGUUGUUCUGGAGGACGAGAUUAUCAAACCUACUGUUGGAGACAACCAGGAGUCGGUGUGUGUCGUCCCAGCUGAGACGGUGAAGUCAGCGGUCCUGACCCCUGACCCCUAACCCCUGACCCCUCCCACACAGAGAGGUGCCAACAGAGGGACAGGAUGCCUAUUCCUCCUCCUCCCCCUCCUCCCCCAGGACCCCCGCCUCCCCCCACCUUCAGUCAGACUCCCAAACUGAACUCAUCCGAGACUAAAGGCAGAGGAGCGCUGCUGACGGACAUCCACAAAGGAGCCAAGCUAAAGAAGGUCGGUGUGGUCAACGACCGGAGCCAACCGAUCAUAGACAAAUCCGGAGGAGGUGGCGGCGGAGGAGGAGGUGGCGGCGGCGGAGGAGGUGGCGGCGGAGGAGGAGGAGGAGGAGGAGGAGGAGGAGGAGGAGGAGGAGGAGGAGGGCCGAUGGGAAUGGGAGGCCUUUUCCAAGGAGGUGUGCCAAAGUUACGCCCAGUUGGAGAUGGUUCAGCCGGUGGUUCGGUGGGCAGAUCCGCCCUGCGGCCUCCGGGGUCCCGGGCCGCGGCCCCUCGCCCCCCCGCCGGCCGCUCCCCCUCGCCCUCCCCGGCCAACAAGCCCUCUCCACCAGAGCACCAGCGCUCCCAACGGCCCUCGCUCCCCGACCUCUCCCGCUCCUCCGGCAGCAGCUCCUCCGGCGGGAUGAAGCACAGCACCUCCGCCCCGCCUCCUCCUCCGCCCUUCAACAGAGGAGGCCGCGGCACCGCGCCGCCUACCCCCAAUCAGAAAGCACACGCUCCAACUUCCUCCUCCUCCUCUCACAGCAGCAGAGAGAAGCCCCUCCCACCGACGCCCAACAGAGGCCACACCCCUCCCGGCUCCGUGAAGCCGCCUCCGUCUUCCAGCAGACCGCCGACAGGUGGCUCCUCAGCUCCUCCGCCUCCUCCGCCGUACAGACCGCACACGUCGGGCGGCGUCUCCAACGGGCCGUCCCAGAUGGACGGCGGCGGGGCUCCGGAGCUCCCACAGAGGCACAACUCCCUGCACAAAAAACACGCAUCAUCAUCAUCAGGCGGCAGCCUAGGACGCAGCCACGCUCCUCCACCUCCUCCCUCAUCGUCUCCAUCCUCCCAGCAGCCUGGCAGACCGCCGCCGCCCGCCAGAGAGCCACCUGGACGCAGAGCAGCUCCCCAGGUGCCCCCCUCCGGGUCUCGUAACGGCAGUCGGGACGCCCCUCCUCCCCCGCCGCCGUACCGCGUCCACAGCUCUGCCGCCUCAGAGCCGCCACACAGCCGACCGGGCAAACCACCUCCACCUUCCUCCUCUUCCUCCUCUGUCUCAUCAUCCUCCUCCUCCUCCUCCUCCCGAACCCCGGCUGGACCCCCUCCACCGCCCCCGCCCAUCCGGAACGGCCACUCCUCCACCUCCUCCUCCAAGUCCAUCAUAGAUGAUUUUGAAUCCAAGUUCAACUUCCACCCUGUUGAAGACCUCCCACCUCCAGAGGAGUACCGGCAUUUCAGCAAGGUCUACCCGAGCAAGACCAACAAGGCCAUGAUGAGAGGAGCUCCUCCAGCGCCGCCGGUGGGGAGGUGAACGGACCUCAGCUCAGGACUUUAACUCUCAGUCAGCCGACUCGAUGGACAGGCGGCGGCGGGAGAGAGAGAGGGAGAGAGAGAGAGAGAGAGAGUGGUGAAGAAGCACUCAAAUCACACAACACACACACUACAACACACACUAACACUAGAACCACCAGCUGGAAGUUAAAACACUACGACACCACAGCAGGUCUGACACGACCUCGCCUCGCCGCUCACUUUCUGUCUGUCUGUGAGAGGAACAAAUCAACCGCUCAGAGACGUUCUGACGGCGGCCGGCUCGACGGGACGGAGAGGCUUCCGUUACCACGGCAACAUAUCAGGACCAAACACUUCCACAUCUGAGCAUUCCACCGUCUGUUUUAAUGCAUAAUCAUGAUAACGGUGAUCUUCUGUUUGAUUUUAUGAUUUUGGUGUCAACACUACGAAUGGAAACUGUCUUUUGAAUUUAUGUUUUCAGCAGAAUUCCCACAAAACUGAUGAUGCCAUGAAUGUUGGGGGCUUAUUGAGGGUUAUUUUUUAUUUCUUUGGGUUUCUAUAUAUUUAGUCUUAAACAGCCAUUCCAGCAGUGCCAGGUGAACCAGCUCUCUGUGUCAGUGUGCCAAAAGCAGAUUGAACCACAGAGGACCGUUUCCUCCAUGUUUAUUAUUAUUAUUAUUAUUAUUAUUAUUACUGACAUGUUUUAAAUUCUCCAAACGAAAUGCAUUCCUGGACAGCUCGCCAUGUUCUGACUUGCUCUGGUUGUUUAUUUGUACGUUUGGAGAGAGACUACUUUUGUUUCGUUUGUACCCCCCGACUUUCCUUUUAUUCGGGGGAGUUUAUAUUUCCAUCUUCAGGCGAUGUUGCACGGCAGCUUAAAGGGAUAGUUCAGGUGUUUCUCAGUGGGGUGGUAUGAGCUACUCAUCCAUAGUCAGUGUGUUACUACAGUAGAGAAACAGACAGGAGAACCAGCACGGGAGCAAAGCGACGUCCUGCUGUGGACGGGGACGGCAGAAAAACAGAUAUUAGAUACCUAAAAAAAAACAAUAUCAGUUCGAGUGUACGCUAUAUUUAGAUUAUUUUCCCAGUUUUUCUUGCCGUCAGACGGCUAUGGUGUAUGUUUCCAACAGGGAACUGAACUGUUAUCGAUGCUUUCGCCAACCAGACUCCACUGGACAAACAUUCAAGUCAUUUAACCUCUCAGAACACGAAGGUUGCCGGUCUACCGCUGGCUCCAUCGGUUAGUUUGUGUUAUUGUGUGAAUUCAGUUAGUUCGGAUUCAACAAAGUCACAGAAUAUCACAAACUAACUAACCGAUGGAUGCAGCGGUAGACCAGCAGCUCCUGUGUUCUGGGAGGUUAAAUUACAGUUUUUCCAAUGGAGUCUGGUGGCGUGGAAGAGAGAAUAGAUGGAUACAACGGCUUCAGUUCCCCUUCAGAAGUGUCCGUCUGACGGCGAGGUAAAACAGUGAACAUAUUCUAAAUAUAGCGUACACUUACACUUGAUUAAUUUAGGUGUCUAAAAUCCUCCUCCCACUCCCGUGCUGGUUCUCCUGUCUGUUUCUCUACUGUAGUAAUACACCGACUAUGGAUGAAUACCUCAUACAACCCCACUGAGAAACACCCGAACUAUCCCUUUAACUGCUAAACCAAGACACUGUGCAUGACACUUAUUUAUGCACUUACGAUAACGGAAGUCUUCACGUCAAUGUGACAAAAACCUAGAUAAACUACAAGGGUUCGUCCCCGAUGUGUUCGACAAACUGUUUCACAUGGUCGGCGUCUUUCUCCGAACACACAGCGGAGGCCAACACUAAAUUAUGAUUUGUUUACUGGACCGAGAGCGUGUGUGUGAUUUAGCUGCAGACUUCUGUAGGUGUUUUUUUUUUUUUUUUUUUUAUAAAUAAGGGAUCAUUUAUCAACUUUCUGUCGGUCGGUCUAAAAGAUCAACUCUCUUCUGAAUCCAUCGUUUUAUUUUGCUGCUGCUGCUGGUGGUUCUUGUUUUAUCGGAGGACUGUCCGGCCAGAGAAGGACCAGAUAUCGAUUAAUUGCUAUGCAAGGAGCAGUUUGUACAGAUGGUAGUUGGUAGUUGAUAGCAGCUAACCAAAAGGAACACUUAAGUGCCAGAGAACUGUUCAAGCAGACUUUACUUUCCUUUAAGCUCGACUUUAAAACACUAAUUCUGUCAUGUUGAAGAUGAACAUAAAGAAAUUCUCAGUGACGCAGCGCCCCCUGCUGGUCCUCCUCGCCUUACACCAACCUGUCGUCACUCCCAUCGGUACCAGUGCUUUCUGUUUUUUAGGGGGGGGGGGGGGACGACAAGGUAAAUAAGAAACAAGUUUAUUUGAUAAAUGCAAUAAAUAUUGUAUAUUGACUUAUUAAGGAAUGUGGUAAUCAUAGUUAUUGAUCUAUUUUUAUGUUGUAUAAAGCUUGUAAUAUAGGACAGAGAAGUGAUUAUAAGGAUGUUCCAGUGGGGGGGGGCUCUGGUCUGUAAUGAGCUGAAUGGAUGUGUGAGGGGACGUUUUGGGGAUCCUGUUUCUGUUAAUCCGUUUGGCGGGUGCUGUAGUGAAGGUGUGUGGCGGCGGAUGACAUCACUAAACUAUACUUCCUGUCCCGGAUGUACUGUAUGCUCACCUUGUCACGCAGGUGACCCCGACACAAGCUUGUCCUCCCUCUGUGGUCAUUUCAUGUUAAUCAACCAUGUUUUUAUCAUUUGAAACAAUUUCAAAUAAAUAUGGGUAAAAGGGUA